AUGACGCGUGGAUCAAAGAAUUCUGGUGCAACAGGCCAUUUUGUGAAUGGGAUGGAAGUAUCAGGUAUAGACCCUGAGAUUGUCCGCGAGGAACGGCAAGCCGCUGAGCGUGGCGGCGUAGACAAGACUAGUGGACCCGACCUCACUGCGCUGCAGCAGGCUGUUGACAUCCACAAGCUCCAGCAAGGCUCGAAUACAGUACCUCAAGGCUACGGCCAGCCAGAAAGCCAGCCAUUGUUUGCCGCUGACCCCAACCAAACCGACGACGUGCGCCAUUACGGCCACCAUGUCCACUACCCCCCUCACCAGGCGGCGGCCUACAUGCCUGGGCCUGGAGCUACGCCUAUGAAAGCUGAACAUGUUCGCCAGGCUACCAGCAACAGCAAUGUUGGUGGCCCCAGCAGCGCCCAGAUCUUGAACUCUCAUGCUCUAGCUGAGCGGAUGGCUGGGCAGAACAACGGGCCGGGCGCUGGACGGAUAGGCAAGCGAAGAGUCCGUUUGGGCUGGACAGAAGAGGAAACCCGCUAUCUUAUGGAAGGAUGUAAACGUCAUGGUGUUGGUAACUGGAAGAAGAUUUUGACUGAUCCCAGCUUUGAGUUCAACUGUCGAACCGCAGUGGAUCUAAAGGACCGAUUCAGAACUUCUUUCCCAGACGAGUACUCCAGACUCUAUCCUAAUGCCAAAACCCAUAAAGUCAAGCGUCCCAACACCGGUGCAGAGGUUGCCCAACUAACCAAGAUCAAACGUAAGGAGCGACGUGCGUUCAGCCAGGAUGAAGAUGAGCGCCUCUUGCAGGGAUUUAACAAGCACGGCCCUGCAUGGUCUAAGAUUCAACGGGACCAAUCGUUGAACCUUGGAGAUCGUCGUUCAACGGAUCUCCGUGACAGAUUCAGAAAUGCCUUCCCUGAUCGCUACACUGCCGCAGGCUACAAGGGUCGUAGCUCGCAAAAGACCAACCCCGUUCCUCCGCCACCGCAGGAUAUGGGUGUGCAACCAAGCCAGAUGGCCCAGCUCAAUGUUUUGGACGAGGACGUUCACAUGCAACAUCAGAAUAUCAUGCCCCGUGGUGGUGGCUAUAUCCCCAUGCAGCACCCACAUGCUUUGCAGAUGCCAAUGGGUUACCCGACGGGUCCCGUAUACUUCAGCCCGCAGAUGAAUUUGUAUCGGUCAAAUGCUCAACCUCCCCAGCAGAAUUAA